AUGGCUCGUGUGUGGUACAUGGGGCUGUGCGUCCUGUUGCUGUCGGGGUCUGGGGCUGUACUGGGGGAUGCGGCAGGGUCAAAACACGUGCGCUGGCAGCGGGAGCUCGAGGCGCUGCGCGAUGGCGAAUUGAAUGAGCAACGAGCCCAGCAACUGGUGGCAAACUUGGAUCAACUGCACGAGUAUGACCCCGUGAUGCACCUGGGGGCCGAGCUCGAGGCUCAAGGCUUUUUGGCGGCGGCUCUCGAGUGCUACGAUCACGCCGUGGGUUUGGAUCAGAGCCGUCCCGAGGCCGUGCUGGCAGCAGCAGUCGUCCUGGCCAAGCAAGGGCUGCAUGUCACGGCGCAGGAGAUUUUGGACAUGGUGGCCCCUGCCCCCAUGUCGCCAGCUUUGCACACCUUGCUUUCACACACGCGCGCCAACCUAGAGGCCACGGCGGCUGACCACGCGCGGGCACAAGCGGCCUGGGCGGCUGCCAACGCCACCACUCGGCGCUCCGACCGCCUCCAACUACGUCCCGUGGACGUGCUGACGCGCAUCACUGAUGCCACGUAUGCGGCCUACUACGCGAGGCAGGGUGUCCCCUUUGUUUUGCGUUCCCCAGCGUGGAAUGCCACGGCCAGCAUUCAGCAGACGGCCCGCUAUCAAUCCCUGCAGUCCGUUUGGGAGGCCCUGGUCAACACAACCACGGCGGAUGUGGAUAUGGCCGACGCAUGGCCUUCUUUUGCGCGGGGUGAUGUGCUGGCGCACGUUCCAAUGGCGCAGUACAGCUUGCAUUGGCCCUCGCUCUUCCUGGGAGAUGAGCGGGCCCGGUCUGCCCUACACGUCGAUGCCUACUGCUCGCACUUUUUCAUGACGCAGCUGGUUGGCCGGAAAAGAUGGAUCAUUUUCCCGGCCUCUGAUACCUUCUUGCUGGGUCGAAAUUAUGCAUCGGCGCAGUUCCCUCUAUCCUGGGCCGACGUGACCAUCGAGGGGUCUGAACUGGACAUGGCAGACGACGUGUUGGCAGCGCAUCCUGGGUUGCGCUUGGCCCGCCCCUACCAGAUCAUAUUGGAACCCGGGGAUACCUUGUUUGUUCCGGGUCAAAGCGCACACAUGGUCGCCAAUCUGGCGUCACCAACCAUGGCCGUCUCUGGCAACUACGUCGAUGCCACCAACCAAGCAUGCGUGGAGGCCUCAUUGGCUCACAGCGGGGCCCUCCAUCCGGAGCAUGCUCGCCUCCGCACACACCUGAUUGAGCUUCAAAGAAUUUAG